AUGUUAUCCCAGUAGCAAAAUUUAGAGGAAGAAAUGCCAAACAAACAAGACACCACUAAGGUAUAGCAGUAGAAAGUAUUUAAGAUAUCUGACAAUAACUUUGACUUUGAUCAAUUCUACUUUAGCUAUGCUAAGUACCACUACAACAGCGUCAAUAAGUUCCUCCACAUGAUUUUUAUUCCCUGUCUUGUGUUUACCUUAUUUGGCAUUUCACUUCACGGACCUAAAAUGAGAUAUGAUAUCUGCCAUGGAUUCUAUGUCUAAUUAGACAUACCUAUGGUCUUAAUAAUCGUACUUGGCGGUACGUACUUAUUAGUAGACAAACUCACUGCUAUCUUCACAAUCACUCUUGAGUUGAUAGCAUAUAUUUGGAGUUUGAAUCUAUACUAUAAUGACAAAGAUUAAUUCGAUGGUAAUCAUCUCUCAGUGAUGCUCUACAUUCAUGUCAUAUCAUGGAUAGCUCAGUUUAUAGGUCAUUUCAUCUAUGAAAGGAGAGCCCCAGCUUUGACUGACAAUGUUCUGCUUAUGUUUGUGGCUCCAUUCUUCUUUGGUUUUGAAGUUUUAAACGCUUUUGGCUAUAAAAAAGAUAGGAUAUAGGAAGUUAACAAGGUCUUAGUGCAGGAAAUUGAUUAAUAUAGAAAGGGCAAAAAGAUCAUGUGA